AUGCUCUAUUCCUGGUGCUCCUUCGAAGUGACACCCCUCUGCGCACCAGCGCUCUACGCAUAUGACCGGCUGAUCACGUUUGAUCGCGAGGUGGAUCUCAUAUGGGGACGUCCGAGCCAGCGAAGGAUACCCAUCGUGCCUAUUCUCUACGUGCUGAUGCACGUAUCCACUCCACUGUAUUUCGUGAUUAACAUCGCUACCUGGUGGGACCUCGAUUGUAAGGCAAGUCCUCCUUCGCUAUGGCACGUACUACAUUCAGCAAUCUCCGCCCUGCGCGUAUACGCGAUCAAUCCACGAGACUGGUCAGUACCCAUCAUGGUCUUCGCCCUGUCCCUCGUUCCAGUGGCUACGAACCUGGUGCGCACAAUUUAUCAGACUCGAGUCUGCCGAUCGUGCAACAUGUCAGUAUCAUCUCAAUGCUCGGGGUUUUGCCCUCUCAUCGCGACGCGCGUCAGUACUGUCGUCGGCGAUGCGCUCGUGCUGCUCGCAACUUGGCGCGUCACGUACGGCGUCAAGCGGAUGUCGCACCUCACCAAGUCAGACAUUCCUCUCACGCUGCUCCUCCUGCGAGAUGGUGAGCAUUCUGCGUGA